GUUCGAUUCAGUAUCAGGAAUUAUAAUUAUCAAAAAAAGAUGAUGAAAACGAAGACGGAAAGACGAAUGUAGAGGAUGAUCGAGAGAUUAAAGGGAUCAUAUUCUUUACUACCUCGAGAACCAACUCACAAGGAUCAAAUCGGACGUCGACGACCUAAUCAUCGAUGUUUUGUAAAUGCUUUGAGUGGCCAUGGAGAUUCAGUUGUAGCUUUGUGUUUCUCGCCUGAUGGUCGAAAUUUGGUUACAAGUGAAAUUACUGUUUAUUGUCGUCAGUUUAAGUUUAAGUUUGGGAAUCAGAUUUUGGUCUUACAAUGCUAGCAACUGAUGCACUGUAAAGUAUAAACUAUAAAGUUGUGCUGAUGGGGUUGUCAGGGUCUUCAAAUUGGGUAAUGUUCAGAGUUCAAGCUUCAACUCAAUAUAGUUCUGGUUCUAAUACAGCUAAUUACAGAAAGCAUGAGCAACCCAAACCUCUUGUUCCAGAAAUGAAAUGGCUACGCCAUCAGACGAGCGUUAUUGUAACUCUUGCUGGAACUACUGCCAAUUAUGGCACUGUUGGUGGAACUCCAUUCAUUAUUUCGUGUUCUGCGGGUAGUGAUAUCAUUCUUUGGAAUGGAAAGAGCGGGAAGAAUUUGGGAAGCACUGACAAGAACGAGCUAAAAAACAGUAUGGCCAGAAUAUCCCCUAACGGGAGGUUAAUAGUUGCUGCUGCAGCGUCUUCUGUGGAUGUGAAGAUAUGGGAGAUUAUACUUACCAAGGCUUGAUCAGUCAAACAGAUUACAAGAGCUAUGAAGCUGAAGAGUCAUGAGAGUGCCGUGACUUGGUUAUGUUUUUCAUCUAAUUCGAAAUAAAUCAUAAUAGCUGAAAAA